CCUCUCUCGCCGCGCACCGUGCCUGCUGGAGCGAGCCUUGAUUUCCAGCUUACUGCUGCUGCUGCCAGCGCAGCUCCCGGUGCUGCCGGAUCCGGCCCCGCGGGCUGCCAGGAUGCCCCCGACGGGCGGCAGGAGGAUGCUGGCGCUGGCAGGCCCGGGCGGCAGCGUGGCGCUCCGGGGGCAGAAGCAGUGCCAAAUUGGGGUUCUAGCCCUUUAAAUCCGAUCCGGUACUGCAAAAAAAGGACGAGCGAGCAGGAGAGAGCCUUCAGACUCUUUUAAUUAAAGCUUGUACCAUAUUCUGUAUUCCCAAGUCACGGCAGCCGCCCGCGCUUCCCCAGGACACUUCGGGCUCUCUCUCCGGCACGGCAUGGACGGGCACCGCGCCUCACCGGGCACCGGCGGCUGGAGAGUCGCGCUCCGGGCUCGCCUGGCCCCAUGAUGAGCUCGCCCCGCGCCCGGGCCCCGCCGACUCGUGUGCCCGAUGGGGCUGAUCCAGGAGCCGGCAGAGGGGCAGCCCAAGCGUGAAGGUGGCCGCGGGGAUGAGUCUCCCGGAGAGAAGGAGGAGCCGCCGCAGCGGAGCCGGCAACCGGAGUUCCCCUCCUGGCAAAAGAUGCCAUUCCACCAUGUGACAGCUGGCUUGUUGUACAAGGGCAAUUACCUGAACCGCUCGCUCUCGGCCGGCAGCGACAGCGAGCAGCUGGCCAACAUCUCUGUGGAGGAGCUGGAUGAGAUCCGGGAGGCUUUCCGAGUGCUGGACCGGGACGGGAAUGGCUUCAUCUCCAAGCAGGAGCUGGGCAUGGCCAUGCGCUCCCUGGGCUACAUGCCCAGCGAGGUGGAGCUGGCCAUCAUCAUGCAGCGCCUGGACAUGGAUGGGGAUGGCCAGGUGGAUUUUGAUGAAUUUAUGACCAUUCUGGGGCCUAAGCUGGUGUCAUCGGAGGGCAGGGACGGCUUCCUGGGGAACACAAUAGACAGCAUAUUCUGGCAGUUUGACAUGCAGAGGAUAACGCUGGAGGAGCUGAAGCACAUCCUGUACCACGCCUUCCGUGACCACCUGACCAUGAAGGACAUCGAGAACAUCAUCAUCAACGAGGAGGAGAGCUUGAACGAGAACUCUGGCAACUGCCAAACGGAGUUUGAAGUGCACGCCCAGAAGCAGAAUCGCCAGACGUGCGUGCGCAAGAGCCUCAUCUGCGCCUUCGCCAUGGCCUUCAUCAUCAGCGUGAUGCUGAUCGCGGCCAACCAGAUCCUGCGCAGCGGCAUGGAGUAGCUGGCACGGCUCGGAGUGGUCCUGGCACGGGAUGGCCGCCAUGCAUGCGCACCCGGGAGAGCUCCCGCCCCGAUCCCACGGCACCGACACGCGGGCACAGCCGGCGCCUGCGGCGGGAGCCGGAGCCCGCAGCGUGUCCUGUGAACCAACCACAUCCUUUUGGCAGGGACAUCAAAGGGCUGUUCUAAUGCUUUAAAGGUUUUGUUUCCUAAUGCAAUAAUCCCACAUCCAGGAGUCCCGAAUUAUUGCUUCGAAACAGCAAUGGCAGCGCGGAGGACGCUUGGAUCCGGUGCUCUGCGGGUGGGAGGAGGCCCAGCCUCGUGACUUGUCCUUACCCAGGGCCCAGUGACUGUCCCCUGGGCUCCCGCCGGGCCCGCAUUCCCAGGAAGUUGAGUAGCAUUGCCACAAGCAAGUCCUGUUCCUUUUGUUCCACGUGUUCCAGCUUCACUUUCCUUUUCCCUUAUGACCAUGCCAUGGAGUUUACGGCAUUAGAGGGGAGCUAGAGCAUCCUUGUACAGUAUUUUCUGAGGAAAAAAGGAGAGAAUUUGCCAGCACCAUACAAAAUGUCUAUUUUUUGCUUCAUCAACUCCGCCUUUGACACGUGACUGUGGGGUAGCAGGAGUCUGUUGGCCAUUUUUUCCGACUGUGAAUCAGGGCUUGAGGAGCACCCGUUGUUUUCCCACCUGGGCAUUGCUGAACUUGUGCAAAGUCUUCCAAGGGACUCUGCCACCACCAGCGCCAGUUAAACCUCCCUCUCCUCGGGCCUCUCUGCAUAUUCAGCAUUUCCUCUCCAGCAGUUUUACCCUUCUUUAUUGGUCUUCAAGAAUUUUUUUCCCAGGUGAAAAUCCUGAGGGAAGCUCUUCCUGAGCUUUCCUCCCCUCUCCUUGCCUGCACAAUUUAAAUUUAUUCCAUUUCAUGUGGCCCGGUUACGAUCUGCAGUGAAACCUCCAUGGCAGACAUCAUCCUGUGGGAGAGGUUUUAUUUUCACCCACAUGGUAAAGUGUUGAUUUGACCAGCCAGCUUCUCCAUUCCAUCCCAGGAUCCAUCCCACCACCCCCAUCCCAUGGCAGGCUCUAUCAAGGGCCAUUGGAAAAGCUGAGCUCAUCAGGAGAAGAAGGAACCCAACCUGAGCCCACCCCUGUGUGCUUGGAGUGUGUCAGACUUCCAGAUCUGGGGAGCCUUGGGUGGUUUUCCUGGAAUUACAUUUUAGGGAGCAGCAAGGAGAAGAUGGAAUGGUGCAGAGCAGGGACACCACACGGGAAGUGCAAGGAGCCAGUUUGACUUGGGAAGGGUGUUUUUCCUUUGAAACUUGACACGAAUCCAUGCAUUUCCCUUUGGAUGAACUGUGCCCCUGGGUGCCACACCAGGACAGAGGUGAUCUCCUGCCCUCCUGGGAGAUCCCAGCUGGUGAUCAUGAAGUGCUCCAAGAGAGUUCCAUGCAGGCACUCGGGUGUUGGAGUGGGGUGGCUAUGCUGGGAGGGCUCCAGGUACACCCAGGAACCCUGAGAUGUUGCUCCUGGAAAUGGAGGUGACUGUUCCCUGUGCCAAAGGAGGGGCAGGAUGGCUCCCCCAGCGGUUGCACAGCCCCAGCCUCCCUCAUCCCACCCUGCAGCCAUUGACUUACACUGGAUCUAUCCCCAACACUCAUUCCAGCUCUUUCUUUUCUACCACUCUGAGUGACAUUUAUCUGCAUUUUUAGCAGCCUAAUGUAAAAAUCUGCUGCUCGUUGUCCUGUCUCCCACCACCUUUUAAACUCAAGUCACCUUUAAGUGUCUCAGUGUCCUACCUCUACCUUUUCCUGCCAUUUUCCUGGUGUCCCCUCCAUCCCAAAGACAGCACCUUUUCCACAGCAGCUGAGUUGGUUUUAUCUGCCUUUCCCAAACACAUAAUUCCUGCAUUUCUGUUCUGCUGUGACCAAUAGAGGUGAACUGCAGAAUAUUCCAUAAAAAAAUGAUUGUCUCCCAGAAGGUGGAGAGAUUUCCAUUUGCUACAGGGCAGCAGCAGAAUAUCUGUGGGAUAUUCUGGUGUGGGAGUCUCAGUACUGGGAGCUCAGACACAUUUUCUGAGCUGGGCGUUGCGGAUAACGAACUUGGAGAUCAUUUUGAGAAAACUCAUCUCCACUUUUAGGUCUCAGGGGUCUGUGGAAAGGUGGCAGCUGUGAGAAAAAGUCUAAAUGUUCCUUGCUACCAAGGAAUACUCAUUUUGUCCCUGGGAUUAUGCUGGAGUGAGCAUGGGCAGAUGGAGGUGGAGGGGAGGGAUGGGGGAGCACAGGGCGGAGUCGUGCCUCAAUUGAGCCCAAACCCAAAACCCCAAACCCUCAACCCCAAACCAGGCAUUUCCUCACACUUCUGCACCCAGGUGCCACAAACCCCCAGCAGACUCCAGGCCCAGCAGCACUUCUUGGACAAUGAUUGUCUGCAUUCCUUGAAGCUUUCUGGAAGGCUCCAGAAUUGCCUCCUGCAUGCCCCAUAAACCCUUGUAAAUAGAGCCAUUCUCCAUCCCAACCCUUCUCCUCCCAGCUCCAUCUGUAAAGCCAAACCUAUAAUGAAUAUAUUGGUAAAAGCCAUAGCCUGGUGUCAGUAGAGUUCAUUGCACAACUCCCCACUGAUUUUACUGGGUACAGGAUUUUUGGGGCUUUGGGGUGUGAUUUUUAUGUAGGGAGCCUCACUUUUCCAUUAUGAAUCAGGGUCAUGUCUUGGCAGAGGUCUCCUUUCCCCUCCUAGAGCAGCCUUCCUCCAUCCCCAGGCGUUCUGAAGAGAUCCCUUCUUUAAUCAGUGGCUCCUGGCAAUGCAGGAUGGAUCAGGCCAAGCUAUUCCAUCCUUUCCUUCCCCACAACCUUCCCAUCCAGCAGCACUGAAUGUUUCCUACCUCCCUCCCUGGCUCCAUUUAUGUAACAACCAUUUAUCUCUUUCUUUUUUUUUCCCCUUCUACACAAGAGGGGAAAAAUAGGGCUUUUUGCUGCUUUUACAGACAGGAGGUAAAAAUAGAGCAGUAAAAUUCUGAUUGGAACCUGAUGGCAAAAGCUGAGGGGGGAGAAAGCAGAAGAAUCAAAGACAUAAAAAUAAAAACCCCACAUCCCAUACUUUAAGGAAAAAAAAAAAACCUUAUUUAAGUGCUAAUUAACAUACUUUAAAAAAUACCCAGACUGCAGCAGAGCUGUCAGAAAAAGCUCUAAACUUCUGCUCCUGCCAGUUCCAGGAGGAUUGAAGUGUCUUUUCAGCCCUGCAGUUCUGGAGGAACAGGAGAUUGCCAUGGCAACCCUGGCUGUUCGUGACAUGGGUGCCACCGUGGCAGAGCACACAUGAUCCCAGACUUCCAGGGAUGGGCAAACAGCUCCCAGCAGUGGGACAGGGGCUUUUCAUGGAUUAGGAAAUUAUUAGGAAUUCGUGAGCAACUCUGUUGGCUUGGCCCCAAAGAACUGUGUGCAAUUAAGGGGAUUGAUGUGCAGGGAAGGCUUUGAGAGGGACGUGAUGAUUUCAGCCCGAGAGAGGCUUUGGUUUCAUUCAGGCUUGAGCACUCCCUGUCCUGGGCUUGCUGUGGACUCCUUUAGAAGGUUCUCCAUGUGGGGAUCAAGCUCUGGUGGGAAGGAUUUGGGUUCCUGCUUCUGCACCCCUGAUCACCACUGCCCUUGGCUUCAGCUGUUGGCUUUAGCAGUGAUCCGGAUCCAUGCUCCUGGAGAAGCCAGCAGAAGGAACAGCAGCCUCACCAAUGCUGAAAUAAUUUGGAGGGAAGUGAAUUCCAGCAAAAGCUGCUGAAAGAACACUGCUCACCUGUCAGAGCCAAAGCAAUUCCUUCAGGGCAGCCAUGAGGAAACCACAGCUGGGGAGUUCCAGGCAGGACAGGUGCAGGGGCUUUGUCUUGUGCACCACCAGGAGCUGGACUUGAGGUCCUUGUGGGUCCCUUCCAACUCAGGAUAUUCCAUGAUGGUGGUGCUGGUGGCCCUGGAGAGCCAGAUCCUGCUCACAGCCAGUGACACCUGGGAGGUGUCACCUCCAGUGCCACCCACUGGCCCCUCCACGAGUACACCACUGAGGAGGAAUUUCUGACGAGAAGCAAUGUCAACAUAAUUGAAAGAUUUAAAUUAGGAAGGCUUGGCUUCCACAGUCCUAAGCAUGGUCCUCAUGCUGUGGGAGGUGAUAGGGAAUUUGAGACAGUUCACAAAAUCAUUCCCCUUCCAGCUUGAAGGGCACCCCCAUAUCCCCCAGGCGCUGUCAGCACCUGGGACAGUGAUCACAGGCCCCAGGUCCAGGGUGAGCACGAGGAUGGGAGGGAGGAGCACCCCCAGCUCCUGUCCCUGCUCCCUGGUGAGCCAAGCUGAAUUUCUGCGUGUAAUCCAGUUCAUUUGAGAGGUUCCAUCCCGGUUAUCCAGAGGUUUCACCUGCUGGACACGUGCAGUGGCAGGGCUGGAUGUUGGUUGCUUUAAUUCCAGCAGCUUGGAUAACCCUCUUUAUAAGCUGGGCCAAGUAAAGAGGGGUUUUAAAUCCAGAACUAGGCUAGGAAGCAAGCAAAGCAAGCCAAGCUAGAAAAUAUUCUCAAAGCUGCCACUCUGGAUGGCUGAAAUCUGUUUGGAUGAGCUGAGGACCCACUGGUCCUUUCUUCCAUUGAAGCUUAGGAAUAUUUUGCCCCAAAAA